GAAGCGUCUACAGCUGUGGAGUUGGAUGACAUGAUGAUUGGUGCCGGAAACUCCAAGCUUGCAUGAGGGAAUAAAUUACAAAUUGUAUGAUCAUCACUCAAUUCGAUUGGAGACACUGGCAAAUUUGAAAAGUUAUGAAUACAUUUCAAUUUUAACUCUCGCCUCAAAGCGCAUUGCAUCAACGCACCAUGCGCUGUGACGUAUGUACAUCUUAACUUUAAAAGCAGAUGAGAUUAUAUAAGCACGCAGUGCUGUCCGAACCAUCGGGCUGUACACUUUGGGUAUUAAUAGGGCAAAUCCGUAUAAAUAAGCCGUUAAUCCUCGUUCUUUUCCUUCCCGUAUCGCCUCAGAAGAAGAACUAUAUUACUAUAAUAUGAGAGUUCUCCCAUUGGCCACGUUAGCACUCGGUGCACUUGGUGCUGUUAUACAAAAUUGCGUUGGUUAUGAGCCUUCCGACGGACCCAGAGGAUUAUACAUUGAGUCCAAUGAAGAGGAUACCUCCUUGCUGGUGUACCAUAUCAGAGAUUCUGCCAGAACCAACAUCCCAAUGGUUGUUGAUGAUGACAUAUUGCUCAUGGAGGUUGACGGGUUUGGCAUUUGCUCGCAGAAGAAGCUGUCGCAAGGGCUGUGUGAUGGUCCUGUCGGCACCUUUACCGUCAAGGUGAUGGAUGGUGAGAAGCCUCAGAGCGCAAUCUUGAACCAAAGACUGAUGAAAGGUGAGAAUGUCACCUAUCAGAUCCAUGAACAGGGUAUAUUCUGUGGUAUUCUUUAUCAAGAGGCUGAAAGCGUGAAGGGACUGUAUGUCCAGGAGAUCCACAGCUAUGGAUAUCUAUCACUUGCUGGCCACGCAGAGGCUAAAGUAUUCCAACUCUUGAUAGCACUGCUAUUCAUCACCCAGCUGGUUCUCAUAUGGACAUUCAGAGGUGAUAAGAAGAAGUACAUUGGAACCAUCUUUCAAGACAUCUGUGUGCUCCUUAGUCUGAAGGUUUUAGAGAUUACAUGGAAUAACCUCAUUCUCAGCCUUUGGAAUUUCUAUCCAAGACUCUCAUUGUUUAAAGUGUUUGACUUUUACAUCGCAGUUCAAUUCCUCUUCACAAUAGGAUCCUACAUUGUCUAUUAUAAGCUCUCCUCUGGUGUCUAUGGGUAUGGUAAACCGGACAGAGAGAGAUUGUCUAUUCAGCCAGCUUUUAAGAAGUGUCUUGUUGCACAAGGUGUCUCGUACAUUAUUCUCUCAUUCCAUCCGUUAUUGGAGAAAUUGGCACAUUUCUAUGUUGUCCAAGCUAUCCAGAUCAUCGCCUCUCUUGUGUCCGCAUUCAUAUGGAUUCCUAUGUUCUACAUCAUGUACAAGAACUCCAAGAUGACGUACAAUGAGAUUGUUGAUCCAAUAUUCGCCAGAAAGUAUCUUCUGUCAAGAAGAGCACUUAUUUUCAUCCCAAUAUCACUCGGAUUGAUCUCCACAGUUGGUACGAUGGUUGUGAUGGCUGCUGCCACGAAUUCGUCUCAAAAGACUGGUGAUAUCGGAAAGGACUUUAAGGAGAACUUCACAACCAUGCUCGAAGUGUCCACUAAGCAGAACAUGUGGUAUGUUCUUCUCAGCCACCUGAACGACUUCUCGAUGUUGGUUGUUCAAUGGGUGUUGCUCUUGAUCUGGAAUCCUAAAACCAUUGAUCCUUCCGAAUUCGAAGACGUUCACGCAAAUCAACUCAAUGAGGGCAAUGGAAAGCUUCAGCUGUGAGAAACGGACAGUUAUAACUUCUGUUUCGUUAAAUAC